AUGUCCUCUGCAAUUGAGGAUGAAAUGGCCGUCUUUGUCAAAAAAUUGAGAAGAAUUCUCAAGAAUAACGGAAAAUUUGCAAGAGAAGAUGGACAAUCAAAUGAUAAAAAGUUUAGACCGUUUGAUGAAAUGUCUAGUGAGAGAAGGAGAGAGGGCAAGGAUAAUGCCAUGAAAGCGACCUGGAGUGAAAGCGAGAGUUUUCAAUGUGAACAGGAUAUGCCUUCAUCAGAUGAUGAUGAAAGUCAAAUUGCUUUUGUUGCUUCAGUUCAUGAAGAAAUUGUUAGAGCAGAGUCUAAUCAAGAUGAUUUGUCAUAUGCUAGCUUGCGCAGCAAAUAUGAUUAG